GAAGCUGAUCUGACACUAGAGGUGGGUUCCAAGCUUGGUCCCUGGAAAGCGGGCUGUAUCCGGAUGGGGAGACCCCGGAGCUGUCCCGCCCUGCGGAUAGCCCAUUACUGCUAGCUUUGGAGGGCGGAGGUGCCCAGCCCUACGAGGCACACCACUCCGUCGCUGGCAGGCUCUGGGAGUUAGGGUCCCUGGGUUCUGAUUCCCUCACUUGUAUGGACGUGACCUAGGCCCCCCUUUUUUUACCUGGGCCUCAGUUUCCCCAUCUUUACGAUACUGGAGGGUUGGAACUGCCGAGUGCUAGUAUUCCAGAACUGUAAUGGGGAGAGGAGCAGAAGGAGAUGGGGGACCCACACGUGACUUUCCCGCGCGGGGCCCCGCCCAUCCCUGGUCGGAGGGAUCCAAGCGCCCUCCGACGACGGGCGGGGGUGGGCGGAUCAUAAGAAACCCGACCCGGCAGCCGUUGGCAGCGGCUAAGGCGGAGCGCGCGGCUCCGCGGCCGGCCAGCCCUGGAGACGGCACCGGAGAAUGGGGACCGCAACCCGGGCUUCGCAGAGAGCCACCUUGGAGGCGAGGGCGGUGCAGAGACUCGCCGUGUGACUCUGAGCGAAUCGGUGGAGGAUGGACCAGGGAAUGGGAGAUAGCUAACGGGGCUCCCUCUCUGCGUCCGGUCCGCAGAGGCGCACGUCGCGGGUCUCCAGAGGCUCCGUCGACAACAGCGGCAGCGCCGAGCUAGUCUCGGGCCAUGAGGAGCGCGCGGGCCCCCGUCGGAGCUCGCAGCGUCCUGCCGCGCUGAGGGCGUGGAACAGAGAGGGGCGCGGGCGGCCGGGCCGCGCCGGAGCGCACAGCCAUGGCGAGGGAGGAGUGCAAAGCACUGCUGGACGCUCUCAACAAGGCGACCGCAUGCUACCACCACCUGGUGCUGACCGUCGGCGGCUCGGCGGACUCACAGAACCUGCGUGAGGAGCUGCAGAAGACGCGCCAGAAGGCGCAGGAGCUGGCGGUGGCCACCCGCGCCCAGCUGACGGCCGCGCUGCGCGACCGGGGCCUGGGCGCCGAGGAGCGCGCCGAGUUCGAGCGCCUCUGGGUGGCCUUCUCUGGCUGCCUGGACCUGCUGGAAGCCGACAUGCGGCGCGCACUGGCCCUGGGCACCGCGUUCCCUCUGCACGCGCCGCGGCGGCCGCUGGUGCGCACCGGCGUGGCGGGCGGCGCGGCGGGUGUAGCGGCGCGGGCCCUGAGCGCCCGCAGCUUGCGGCACGAGGCGGAGGGCGACUUCGACGUGGACGACCUGCGCGAGCUGGAGCGCGAGAUUCUUCAGGUGAGCGAGAUGAUCCACGACAUGGAGAUGAAGGUCAACGUGCCCCGCUGGACCGUGCAGGCCCGGCAAACGGCGGGCGCCGAGCUUCUGUCCAGCGCCGGCGCCUCCUCGGUGGGCGCCGUGUCCGUCCAGGAGCGCACGGGGCCCUGCGACCUGAGCAAAGCCCUGGCCGCCACCGUUUUCAGCGCCGUGCUGCUGGCGGCUGUGGCCCUGGCGGUCUGCGUGGCGAAGCUGAGCUGACCGACAUGCGACUUUUCCUGCCAUUACCACUUCCUCCCCGGAGACAUCCCUCGGGAACGACGGCAAUCGCCUGGACGCGGAAUGGGAGUGGGAUCUGGCACGUUUAAGGGAAGAGGUUCUAAAACCGUGUGUGUGUGUGUGUGUGUGUGUGUGUGUGUGUGUGUGUGUGUGUGUACACAUGAGCAUUUCAAGCACACAUCUGCUUGGGCAGAACAUGGUUUCCUCUUGCUGGCCCGGGAAGAGUUAAUUUUGCACGGGCAGCCAGGGCAUUACCGCUAAUGUAUGCAGCAGCUUUAUCCCCUAUUAAUAGAAAACCGUCCACAGUGACCCCAGAUUCCUCCGAGUUAAUGGGUGAUCACGUGUGCUGCUGGGGCGUGUUUACACGGUGUCUGAGUUUGGUGCGCCCACCCCUACCAGCGAUUCCCACUCUCUGCGUGGGGCAGUUUGAAAGGAGAGUGAGGUGAAAUGAAGUCGGGGGGAGGGGAGUUGUUUUGCUUUGUGUGGGUGGUGAUUUUGUUUCCUGGACAAAACUGUAAGAAGGUGUAAGCAGGUUUUAUUACCUUAAUCCUUUGGGGCCUAAGCUUAGGAGAGUGUGCAAAGAGAAGUCUGUGCACCGUUUCUCUAUGGCGCACCAUUGAGCUUCUUGGCAGAGUUUAUCUAUUAGUCACCAAAAGCAGCCAGAGGAGGUUUGGGUUUGGGGUUUGAUGACCUCCCCGACAAAUGCUGACCCUACUUAGGAAACCAGACAAGACACGUCAAAACUGCCCCCACAGGCUUGGAUCCACUGCACCCACUUGCCUAUUGAAAAGGGCUCUCCUGGGUCAGCCUGGAAGGCGCACAGGCUUUGGGAAGGGACAUAUGCUAUUCAAACAGGCACUUUCUCCUUUGCGGAGGCUUGUUUUUGUUCCAGAACUAGACCAGAGUUUUUGAUCCUCCUUUGGGGGAGGGCUGCAGAAUCCUCUUUGGAGCCCUUAAUCCUAUCUAUCCCUUGGAAUUUGCCUGCUGGCUUUGGAGGAAGCUGCACAGCUCUCUGACCCUCACACUGACCCCUGAGAGGGUAAACCUCACUGCCGCAUGCCGUCAGAGCCAAUUAGCCCUGAGACUGGGUCUCAGGAGCGUUUUAAAAACAAUAAUCAUCGAGAAAGAAAAACCAUGUAACCACACAAUGCCCUAUCAAAGCCGUUUUUUAAUAGAGGACAUUUGGCCACAAAGUCAUACGUGCCAAUGAGUCAAACAAAAUGGUCUUCACUUACAUCCUUAAGUUAGUGAAUAUACACCCAUUAUUAAAAUAGACCUUCUUGAAGGCAGGAGGUCAUAGCAUAAACCACUGGAACCAGGGUGUCCAUAACAGAGGUUGAGUGACCCCUGCUGCUUUUGCUCAGUAAAUAAAGAAGCUGGAACUGCCAUGAGCGGAGCCACCACCCGCCACCAGUGGGGCAGAGAAAACGCAGUUGGGGAAAUAAGGCUGAGAAAACACAUCUCAAAAGGUAAUUCGGAAUAAAACCCAGAGACUUUGGUUUGGCUGAAAACUGACAAGGAUUUUUUUUUUUUUUCACUUUUUUACCCUCAAAGUGGGAAAGAGAACUAGGAAGAGGAGGGAAAUGACAGUUUCACAAAGGCAGCUUGGAGGGCCAAGGGAUAGGGGCAAAUAGCAGGGGUGCCGCCUUGCCCAGUCCUGAGGGCCACCCCGCCAGCCCAGCUCACCCCCCCUCCUCCUCAACACACAGAUUCCAGUACCUCAUAGUGAAAAUAUGGGAUCUGUGUGUGUUGCGUGUGUGUGUCUGUGAUAAUGGUUUUAAGACACCCACAAGGUCUUAAGCCGAUUAAAAGUUUUAUGACCUUAACUAAUGAAAGGAACACCUUCUGCCUCAUCUGAAGAGGGGCCACUUCAAAUUCUUUUGCACCUGCCCACUCAGGGUAACUUCAGAGAUGACACAAAAUUUUUCUAACUCCCCUCGUACCCUCACCCCCCUCCCAUCACAACACAAUACAGAAUCUCUGUUACCUUCUCCAAGGUCUCAGUUCUCCCAGACAAGAGGAGACUGGGCAUUUUGUGACCCAAUGUUGGAAGCUAUCCUUUAACACCACACCCUAAGUAUAUUCUCCUGUUUCUAAUACAAUGACUCUUCUGUUCUUAUCAAGUUAUUUUGGUUCAGAACGACGACAAAAGAUUGUUCAGCAGAACCUAUUGAAGAAAAAAACCCAUCCGAUGUUGUAUAAUCCAUAGAAAGCAACAAACGUCUUUGUUGUCACCCUUUCCACCCACUUAGCAGAUCCUUAGGUAUUUAAUUAUACGUGCAAUCAGAUGUGUACCUAAUUCCGAGAGUCCUCUGCUCACUGAAAUUAGGUAUAAAAUGUUGCACCCACACACCAAAAAAAGCUGAAUUACAAUGAACUUAUUUAUCCUAUGGACCUGUUAACCUGAACAACGCUGUGUUUGAAAGUUUUAAGCAUUAAGAAUAUUUGAUAUUAUUUGGAGUUCUAACAUUGCCUACUAGAACUUUCACUAUGUGAUGCAAGCAGACUCACUUUCUGCUUGAGCAAUAGGCUGCUGUCACUAUAUCUCUCUGCUCUCAUUUCUAUGUAUAUAAUUCAAGACAUUGCUUUCUGAUAGAAGCCUGAUUCCAUUUAGGUGUUUGAUAUCAAAGUCAUUAAUUUUCUAAAAAAAAAAUUUGGUAUGAUUUUAUACCAUGUUACAAGUAUAGGGAAAAAUUCAAAAUGUUUAACAUAGGGUAUAUAUCAUAAGGUCAACGUUAGAGUCUAUGGCAAAAAAAAAAACCCAUCUAGUUUCUGAAAUUAAAGAUUCAAGUUAAAGGAUAGAUCUUUAUAUCCAAAGCUAAAUGCUAUGAUAAGUACCUGUAAAGAGAAAAUAUCCCUGCUUCUCUUUUGGGAAAACUACUAUUUUAUCUGAUUCCAAGAAGACAAGCAAUUGGAAUGUCAAGACACUUAUGGAAACUUUGAACUUUGUUAGUAAGGGGAAAAAGCCCAAACACAAAUGUUUGUAGAAGAGAAAAAAAAAAUGCCUGGCAAAUUCAUUUUUUGUGUGCUCGAAGAACUUAAUGCUUUAAAAUGCUGCAAGGGAGAGAUUUUUGGUAAGGAAAAUUAGAGCAUAACCUACAUGAUUUACUUAAGGUUUACAGUAAGCUACAUAAGAGAGUGUGAUGUCAGAUGACAGGUAGUUUUGGUUAAGAGUGUUUUGGUUUGCAUGAGGGUCCUGAUGAUGCUGCAUUUUCCCUUUCAACCUGCACAUUGAUACAUUUUUAGCUACUCCAUUGCUUUUCAGAUAUAGCUCUCCCUUCUGUAAUGAAUGCUUGUUCAGGGUGUGAGCCCCGACACAUGUCACGUGUGAGCCUGAGAAGUAAAGAACUUCAGACUGGCCUCCGUCUUCCUUUGGGGCGUGCCUCCUCUCUCAAGGCCAGAUCAGCUAUGAUGGACAGGGGCUCUGCCUCUCUUUCCAAGUACCUCAGAGAAGUCAUUGACCUCCCUGUGCCUGGGUUCCCUCCAUGGUGAAAUGAGGGGAGCCCUGAUGAUGGACUCAAAGGUCCCUUCCAGAGUUUAGAACAUUUAACAGAAUGCAGUAAAAUGAGAAAGGAUUAUUCUGUUUGUUUGGGGGUUUUUGAUUGGCAUUGUUGGUCUGGGUACACACUGAAAUGAAAUGAAAUGAAAUGUUACAGUUUGGUGUUUAUUAUCUAAAAUUCCAUAUAAAUUUAACAAAUCAGAAUGAACUGAGCUUACUGUGAUUUUAGUCCAUAUCAGAAUUAGAGGAUGGACUUAAAAAGCAACUUUGAUUAAAUGCUAUUUUAUUUAUAGUAUUUAAAUUAGAUUAGGAAUUUAAAUUCAGACUGUAAGUCUGAGUCCAAGAAAGCCUACCAUUGAUUAAACAGUUGGUUUUACCCAGCAGUCGGGCCACCUAAACUGAUUCUGGGAAAUUACAGACGUGAAACUCUGUCCUUUAUCAUGGAGGCUGGGAAAAUCCUACUCUGUAGGUAACCUGGAGCCCUCGGUACCAUGACUGCAUUGGCUGCUUGAUGUCAGGACACAAGCACAGCGUGGGGGGUUUUGUACGUGGCAUCAAAUCCAAAGAGAAUUAAAGGCUUCAUGUCAACUGUUUAUCUACCUUAAAUUGUUUAUUAAAUUAAAAAAAAAGAACAAAAGUAACAUGCAGCAUUUAUAACUGAGCUAGAAAAGACACCCUCAAAUAAUUCAGCUAUCAACUCUUGUGAUUUUAAAUAUAUAUAUAUAAAUUAUAGAUAUAAAUACAUAAAUAUAUAUAUUCUUAAUCUUCUUUAUGCCCAUCUGAAGUGAAGUGAAGGUCCUGAUCAACACUGCUACCCUUCAUAGAUUUUAUUACAUAAAGAGAUGUUCAGAAAUACUCUAGGAUUAUAAAUCUCCAAGUGCUUCUCUACAGUAUGAUUAUACUCGUAAUGCAGGACGGAAGAGGGAAGAACGGCAGGUCUCCACAUGAGUGAUCUGUGGCUGUGGUCCACACAGAUCAAAGUCAUAGUCAAAUACUAUUUAUUUGACUCUUAA